CUCAUCACCGACUGUACUCGGCGACUAGAAUGUUGCCACGUGGACAACGAAACCAGCUCUUUUCCGAUGUCGUUUUGUUCGAAGGAAGCACGCGAGACGCGACGCAACUACCCACCUCGAAGUUUCCAUGUCUAUACUCUUUCCCCAUUUUGAUUUUUCUUCGCAUUUCGGACUACGGAUUCCAAUUUCCAGAUCCCUCAGCUGUGCUCGGCAGAGCUGAUCCUUCCAAUUUUCAAGACCAGCGGGAGGAACAGCAAGGCCUCAGCUAUUUCCCUUCAGCAGGGCACUUUGAGAAGUCUAAUAAGCUUAAAGAGAUGGCAAGUGGGUUUGGGGAAUCAACAAGUAGAGCACCUUUAAGUCCAUUUUGCUCAGGGAAUACUAGUAAUAACAGUGGUGAUGCGGGUAAUUUUGAGUGUAACAUUUGCUUUGACUUAGCUCAAGAGCCAAUUAUUACACUCUGUGGUCACCUCUUCUGCUGGCCUUGCCUUUACAAGUGGCUUCAUAUUCACUCUCUUUCAAAGGAAUGCCCAGUUUGUAAGGCCCUCAUAGAGGAGGAGAAGUUGGUUCCAUUAUAUGGUCGCGGAAAGAGCUCAACAGAUCCGAGGUCUAAGUCGAUUCCCGGGGUGGAGAUUCCCCAUCGCCCUGCUGGACAACGACCCGAGACAGCUCCUCCUCCACCACCAGAUAGUAAUGCUUUUGCUCAGCAUGGUUUUGGGUUCACUGGUGGGUUUGGCGGAUUUGCUCCGAUGGCAACUGCAAGAUUUGGGAACUUUACCCUCUCUGCUGCAUUUGGAGGUCUGAUUCCAUCACUAUUCAACAUCCAAGUGCAUGGAUUUCCUGAUGCCAAUAUGUAUGGGGCGGCUGGUGGUUUCCCAUACGGUUUUAGUAACACAUUCCAUGGUGGACACAUACAUGGUUUCCCUCAACGCACAAGUCGGCAGCAACAGCAGGCAGAUUUCACUUUGAAGUUGCUCAGUUUGAUAAUUGGCAUUGCUGUUAUCCUUGCUCUAAUUUGGAGUUGAGGUAAAUAGUCAUAAGUCUUCAACAUCCUGGAGUACCUAGGUUUAGCGUUUGUACUCUGUAAUCUGUAAAUUUGGUGGUGUAGUAGAUGUGAUAUUUUCAUUUUAAUUUUUUUUUUUUUGCACUUGUGUUGGUUGAUAGAAAUUGUAUGGCAAUUCUUGUUGCCAUUGUUAUCUCCUCGCCAAUUUGUUCGCCAGCUUCCAAGGCUCAAUGAUAUAAUUGUAUCUGUUUGCACCCUUGUAUUUCUCAUGCUUACAGAUAGAGCAUAACACACAACAGUGUCAUUUGUAUGGUAUACACUUUACCUUUUUUUUUCUUUGGCAUAGUA